ACUUAACUUACUUAACUCAAAUCAACUCAAAUCAAAUCAAAUCAAUUCAGUUCAGUUCAAUUAACGAUGGAUUUUGAAACUAAAGUGAAUCAUAGAAAGAGUCGAGCAGCAUGGCAGGGAGCUGGACCUUCUGGUGGAGCCAGUAAAGUUAAUGCCAAUCCUUAUGCUAUGACGAAUCCUUCAGUAAUUAAACCUGAUAAUGCUACUAUAAUAUCAACUUCAACUGAAAGAAAUCCUUAUGGAACUAAUUCCAAUAGGAAACAUAAUCGUAGAAUGAGUAUUCAUGCAUCUGCUGCAGCUCAUGCUCAUGGGAAAUCAUUUAAUCAAGCUGUACCAUUUGAUUUAAGUGCAUUACCUCCAGUCCCCACAUUAGAAAUGGCAUUAAGUCAAGCAACUGAAAUUGAUAAUGCUAAAGAUAAUUAUGAUAUUGAAAGUAAACUUUAUUCUGAUUUAUCUAAUGGAUCUGCUACUGAAAUUUAUGAUUAUUUUCAAGUAUUAUCAAAGCAAAAGGAAACUAUUGAACGAGAUAUAAAGAAGAAUAUUAAUGAAAAUCAAAAGAAUAUUUUACAAUUAACUAAUGAACUUAAAUCAACUCAAGAUGAAUUACUUCAAUUGAGAUCAGCCAAAAAGGAUUUAGAAGAUGUAUUUACUUAUUUUCAAGAUACAGCUCAAAGAAGAAUGGAAUUAGAACAAGAACUAGGAGAUGGAGAAUCUCUACAAUCAAAUAGAAAUAUUACUAAUACCACCACUAACAUCACCACAAUUCUGAAUAAAAGAAAGGAUAGAUCAUCAGUAAUUGCCUUAGAAAAAAUAUGGGCAUCAGAAUUACAAUCAUUAUUUAAACAUGUAGAAGGAGCAUCUAAAUUUAUUCAACCAUUACCUGGAAGACAUGUAUUAGCAGAAAGUGGUAGAUGGAAUGAAAUUAAUGUAGGAUCUUGGAAACCAACUAAUUUAAGUCAUUUAUUUAUAUUAAAUGAUACUUUAUUAAUUGCUACUAAAAAAUCUAAUCAAGAUGGAGGAAUUAAUAAUAAAUCAAGAUUACAAGCAGUUCAAAGUUGGCCAUUAAAUCAUGUUGAACUUUUCCAAAUUGAGCCUCCUUCAUCAUUAAAUAAACCAGGAGAAGUUAAAUAUUGUAUAAAUAUUAAAUCUAAAUCACUUAGUUUUGUUUAUCAAACUGAUAGAUAUGAUCAUUUUCUUAAAAUAAUGGAAGCUUAUUCUAAAGGUAAAAAUGAAUUAUUACAAAAGGAAAGAUUUAUGAUUGCUGGAAGACCUUCAACUUCUGAUCUUAAUGAUAUUAAAGAAGAAAAGAAACAAUUACGAGAUUCUUUAAGAAAUUCUGGAGUUUUUGAAGGAAUUGAUGAUUCAAGUAAAAGAUUAAGUGGAUCUCAUAGAAAUAGUGCUGAUAUGGUAUUACAAGAUAUUUCUGCAAAAGUUCAUUCUAGAAAUCGGUCUCAUGAUUUUGCAACUACUAUGACAGGAAAUUUUCAAAGAAAUAAUAGUAUAAAGGAUAAAGGACAAUUUUUUAAUAAUAUUCGAACAUUAGAAAGUAAAUUAGAUGAUGUUGAUGUUGAAAUAGCUCAUAAUCAAUAUUCUCAAUCAGUUGGACUUAUUGGACAUAUUGAAAAAAAUUUAAAAAUUAUUGAAACAGAUUUAGUUAUAAAUAAUAAAGAUGGGAAAGAUAUUAGUGAUGAACUUUUAUUAGUUGAUGUUACAAAAUUAAAAUUACAAAAUCGAAAAGAAAUUGUUCAAAAAGCUCUUAUAUUUGAUUUACAACAUAAUAUUUCUAAAUUAAGUGAUACAAAGAUUGAAGAUAUUAUAUCAUAUUUUGAAAAAUUUAAUCAAUUAGAUAAAGGCGUUGAAAGUUAUUUAAAUUCAAUGUCAAAUUAUUUAUUAACUACUGUAUCUCGAUUAAUUGUUGGAAUUCAAGGUUCUACUAAAAUUGAUAUUGUAAAUUAUUUAUCAAAUUUAGUAGUGGUUUAUAUUUCAAUAAUUAAACGAGCUAUAUUAGUUUAUAAUCGAAAAAUAAGUAUAUUUUUAAAGAAGAAUCAAAAUGGUAAUGUUGAUUCAAGUGGAUUAAUUAAUUGGUGUGUUGAUGAAAUUAAUAAUUUAAGUAUUCAAAUUAAAAAACAUUUAUAUGGUACAUUAUUAAUUUCAACUGGUAUAAGUGAUAUUGAUAAAAGAAUUUAUAAAGUUAAAGAUUCUCGAUUAUUUCAAGAUUUUUUAGCGGUAUUAAUUCCUCAAUUAAAUGAAUUAAAAUCGGUAGGAGUUAAUGUUGAUUUUAUCUUUCAAGAUAUAUUAUUUAUACAGGAAUGAAUAGUUAAUAAUUAUUUAAUAGUU